AUGCCUAUGAUCCAGCAGCCGGCAAAUCAAAUCAAGCUGACAAACGUUUCGCUUGUGAGGUACAAGAAGGGCAAGAAGCGGUUCGAACUCGCCUGUUACAAGAACAAGCUGCUGGAAUAUCGAUCUGGAACAGAAACAGACCUCGAUAAUGUCCUACAAAUCCCAACGAUCUUCUUCAAUGUAUCGAAAGGCGAAACUGCUCCGAACGCCGAACUCCUGAAGGCCGACGAAGACGACGUCGAAAAGUCCUGGAAGGACAAAAUUAUUGAGGAAAUCUUGAAAAAGGGCGAGAUCCAGGUGAAUGCAAACGAGAGGAAAGAGUUGUUGGAACGCAUGGAAAGGGAGAUCGUGGAAGAAGUCGCACAGAGGGUCGUCGAUCCCCAGACGAAGAGAGUAUACACUCCAGGCAUGAUUAAGAAAGGGCUGGAUGUUCUGUCGAAGCAAGGAGGGCAUGCCCCCACGCAGGAUUCUCUCGGACACAAGCUGGGGAAAUUGAAUCUGGGCGAUGAAAGUGGUAAAGGAAAGAAGAGCGACAUGCCCACGUGGACGGGUGUUGUAGCCACGAAAUCAGUGAAGCAGCAAGCUCUCGAAGCAAUACGCGCUUUGAUAGCAUGGCAACCCAUACCCGUCAUGCGGGCAAGGAUGAGGCUACGAAUCACCUGCCCCACGAGCAUUGCAAAGCAGGCUUCGAAAACCAAGCUUGCAAACUCAGACAAUGACGCAGAUGGGGAGCAAGGAAAAGGCACCAUUAAAGACAGGAUUUUGUCGUUUGUGGAACAGGUGGAAAGCCAGGACGUCCAGGGUGAAGAGUGGGAGGUCGUGGGCUUUGUGGAACCAGGCGCUUUCAAGGCCCUGGGAGAAUUCUGUUCUGCCGAGACCAAGGGCAGAGGCAGGCUUGAGGUUCUGGAUAUGGCUGUGACCCAUACCGACGAUUGA